ACUCAUUCAAACUUUAGGACGAAACGCCAGCAUCAGAAAACGACAUGUGCGCAGAGGAACUCGAGUGCGGGGUUUGUUACCAGACCUACAACGCGGGUCGGCGGUGUCCCCGGGAGCUCCAGUGCAAGCACAGCUUCUGCGAGAGCUGCCUCUUGGCCCUGUCCAGGCCCCUGGGACCCGGAGAUGCGCAUCUGGAGGCUGGCAGGUUGAUCGUAUGCCCGCUGUGCCGACACAUCACAUCCAUCUCCGAUCAUGGGAAGAUCCGAGCCGAGCUGAGGGUGGACGAGAGCGCACUGGAGCGGCUGACGGCUGCGGGACUCCUCAACGAGCCCGAGGUGGACGAUCAGGUUCAAGGCGACGAGGAGGAAGCGACAGCUCCCGAGACUUCAGCCGAGGAGAGCGAGUCUUCCGCGGGCACAGGAGGCGGGAGACUCCGGCGGUCUUUGAAGAAAGUUUGGCAGGCAUUAAGCGGCAAGGGCCAGCAGAGAAGAGAAGAAGACUGUAUGACCAGUGAAGACCUGAGGGCCCUCACCAUGAUGUCCUGCCACAUGUUUUGAGCAGCCCCUUAUGGCCCCAGAGUAAUGCAGUAUGAGUGACGAAUCAUCUUAAAAUGGACUUGAUGGCGAUGAUGAUAAAGCCAUGUGGACACUGUGAAUGUUUUGAUUCCUUGUUUGGCCGCUGUGUAGCUUUUGCCCUCAAAUGAGAGAGAAAAUGUAGAAAACUGUGAUGCCAAAGCAGCCUUUUCAGCCCCACUUAUGUACAGAUGCAACUGUUUUGAUAUUUAUUGUUUUUUGUUUGUUUUUAUGAAAGUAUUUAAUAUUUAUAAAAAUAAACACAUUUUUU